AUAUUUAAUGUGAAUAAUUUGAAUAUUACAUUUAUGCAUCGACCUUCAAAUUUUUUCAGCGGUUAUCGUCACUUUUUGUCUUAAUGGCUUUUAAAUUAAAUGUCUUUACGAUUUAUAUUUCGACUAAGGAGACGCAUCUGGGUAUUUAGAAUGAAAAUACCGGUCAGGGAAGGUAACAAUGUGGUUUAGUUCGUUGUUAGUUCUUUUUGUAAUUCACUGUGAUGGUUAUUCUUUACCUGAAUAUUUACCUCGAUGUAAUAGAUACGAUAAAAACUUGAAUGAUUGCCUACUCACUGCCACUGAAACUAUGAAACCUUAUUUAAGGAAAGGUAUACCCGAACUAAAAAUACCCCCUUUCGAACCUUUCAUAAUACCAGAAAUAAAUUUGGAACAAGGAACUUCAGCUUUAAAUUUUAAAGCGACGUUGAUAAAUACAGAAAUAUAUGGACUCACAGAUUAUACAUUCACCAGAUUUGAUUUUGACGUCCCGAAUCUACAAUUUUUCUGCGAUUGUAACAUAAAUUGUCUAACUUUGAAAGGCAAUUAUACUGUUUCUGGUAAAAUUUUCGUAGCACCUAUUCUUGGAUCUGGUACUUUCACAGCCUCUGUUGAGAACUGUAACGCUUCCGUUUAUCAAAAAGUAAAAAUAGAAAAACUUAGAAACGAUCAAGACUUCAUAGUCCCCACCCUUACUAACAGCAGCAUAAAUGUCAGUGGACCUAAAGCAAACUUACAAGGACUCUUUAAUGGCAACAAACAAUUAAGUGAAAUCACAAAUAAAAUCAUUAACGACAACAUAAACGAACUAUUCCAAGAUUUGAAACCCGUUUUAGAAAAGAUUAUGACAGAAAUUUUAGAAGAUAUGCUUUUAAAAGCCAUCGAAGGACAAGUACCAUUUGAUGAAUUAUAUCCACCUCUACCCUGAUCAUAUCAUAAAAAAUAAACUUAAAAUUUUA